AUGCAAGCGAAGAAUGAAGCUCCUUUGGAGUCUAUUAAGGAAGAUGGGACUGGAAAGGCCCAGGAUAAGGCCUUCUGGCUUCAGUCACUUAUUAUGGAUGCAUUCCAUGAUAAAGGAUUUCAGAAAAUAAAAGAAUACUUUGAACAGAAAGAGAGCCACUUUCCUCAAAAAUGUAAUCGCCUUCUGUUAUACCGUCUUGACAGAUUAAUAAAUAAGGAACUGGAUAAAAAUGAAUUUCAGUAUGUGUCACUGUUGCUGGAAUGUAUUCAGCAAUUCUUCAUAGAUGGCCUGAAAGACGAUGAACCUUUGCUAAUUCAGCAGGGACUGAUCCCAAAGAUAAUUUUCUGGUUUGAAAGAACAAGAGGAAUUCUGACCUCAGAAGCCUUAGCCUCAGACACAUCACUGAUUCGUGUUAUAGAAGACUUCUUCGACACAGCGUUGAUUAUUUCCAAGAGUAGUAGUGAAGGGAAAAUUCAGAUGUUGGAUUCCUUCCUACUUAGCUUAGGAUUCCUGGUGACAGAAAAGACUGGAAAUCAUUUGAUUCAACAGGAGGCCUUGAAGACUUUUAACUGCAUUUUGCAUGCUGUACCUCAGGAAGAGAGAAAAAAAUUCCCUUUGUCAGAAGGCACGUGUCAUCUUAUGGAAGACCUUGCAAGGACACUGUUGACUGUGGGUGAUUAUGACCAGCAGGUUGCUAUAACUGAAGCGCUGUGUAGACUGACAAUUAAAAAUUCAAGGGAUGACCUUGUCCAUAAAUGGUUUGAUGAUGAAGUCAUUGCUGAAGCUUUCAAAGAAAUUAAGGGUCGAGAAUUUGAGACGGACAGUAGACGUUUUCUCAAUCACCUAAACAACAGACUUGGUGACCAAAGAAGGGUGUAUUCAUUUCCGUGUAUUGCGGCCUUUGCUGAUGAGCAUGAGAUGAGAAAACCAGAGGAUGAAAGCUUAGAGAAAUUUUGGAUCGACUUCAACCUAGGAAGUCAGAGUGUCACUUUUUAUAUAGACAAUGCUGAGGAAGCUCUAUGGGACUCAGUGAGACUUCCGAAGGAAGCAGUGAUGAAUUUCGGCAUAAUAGAAACUGAGAAGAUAAAGAUGCUUAUCAUUUACCUGAAGAACCCUAUCCUUAUCAGCUACAAAGAAGUCAUGAAGAUAGAAAUCCAUUUUGAUUUGCAGAUCAACAUAUCACAAGCUUCCAUUCAAGCUUUAGGAGAAGAUAAACAGAUGUUGCCUGGUCAGAUGAAAAUCUCCUCAGAACUUUUUAGUAAGUCUGAUAAAGAAGACAUGGAGAGUUUCAGUGGCCAUGAAAGAGACACAGAGCAGGCAGAAGAAUCCACCAAUGUGGUGGAGUUCAUGAGUGCUGAAGAUGACCGUUGCCUAAUAACUCUCCCCUUAAAUGUCCAAUCUGAGCCACCCGUGAAAGUUCUUUCAGAGCAUGAGCAUUCUUCAGAGUUACAAGAACCACCUGUUGAAAUUCAGGCUUCUCAAUUAAGUGACAAAUCAAGGGCAGAGUCUACUUUUGAGGGUGACAAAAAACCAGAAACAAGUGUAUCGAAGCAGAGUUAUAGAAAACAUCUCUUCUCUGAGAGUAAUCAAGAUUCAAGUACCAGUGAACAAUCUUGGAUCAGUAACCGAAAAAGGAAAUCCCUAAAGUCAUAUGUUAAUAGAAAGAAGACAAGAACCAGAAGUAGUCUAAGAACCUUGCCAAUUUUCCCUCCCAGCAGUAGCAGUGGCCAUGAGAAAGACCAAGCUAAGCUUCUAUCACCAUUACAGAAAGACAUACCCAAGCAAAAGAACGCUACACCUCCAAAGACUUCUGAAAAAAAAUUUCAAGAUAGUUUUGCCUUUUUGACUCCUGAAGAUUCUGCCGAGAAAACAGAGCUUCAAGGUCCUCACCCACUGAGCAAGCUCUCUUCCUUGGAGCACUCAGAAGAUGAAGAAAACUUAUCUAUGAUUGUGAACCAAGAAUCGCUAACGGAAAGUACUGGCUUCAAGCAUAAGCUGCAAAACUUGGAAGACACAGACAUACUAGAAGGUACUUUUGCCAAGUCAAAACAAUCAAGAUUGGAAGAAGCCGGAUCUUUCUUAGUAACAGAAAGAAGAAUGUUGGCAGAAGGCAUUUCUACUUCAUCCCUAGAAGUUGUGCCAGAGAAUUUGAAUGGUUCUGCCAUUCUGUCAACCUUGGAAGACUUCACUAGAGAACUGAAAAGAAAAUCCGAGCUUAGGUGCAGAAAGAGUCCACUUAAUUCAGAAAAUGCAAAGAAAGCACUGGAUUGCCUAAUAAAACUUUUAAACCAGAUACAACUGUACAGACUCAAUAAACUAGAACGCUUUCAAAAUUUGGUUCUUCAAGAGUUGAGCAGUCUUAAGAAAGAUAUUCAGGCCUUGGAACACCUUGAGGAGGAGGUUCUGGAAUUCUGGGAGAAACAGUCUGCUGAUCUGAAGGCUUUCUGUGAUCUGCAAAUGCAGAGGCUCAAUCCAACUAAGCCUUCAUAAGGAAAGUCAAAGCCUGGUUUUAUGAUUGCAUCUCUCAGCCUGGGCCGCCUGCAGAGGAAGAUAAAGAGCAAGGUUGCUGUUGGGCUCGGGCCAUGUUAGCCAGACUUCGGUGCUUGGUAUGCAUUUGGUGCUCGGUAUGCAUUCAAACUCCUCCACUCCAAAUAGCAUCCCUGGGACCUAUCGAAUUCAGAUGGAAUAUAUGUUGGUAGUUUGCAAUUGUAUUAUUAUCCAUGUGUUCAUAAAAGUUAACCUUUUGUGUUAAAAUUUGGUCAGAUAGUAUUAAUAGAAUGUUCAAGAUGUU